CCGACUGCCGUUACGCCGCCAUUUUGUGAAUGGACGCCGUUGCCAUCGACAUCCUGAAAGCAGAGUAAAACAAACGCGAUUCCGAGCCUACUUUAACACGACACACUGCCAGUUAUAUCGCGUGUUAACCUGCGACGUUUUCCUCAGGAAAAACGACUGCAAUAACCCGCGUGUUCGCCGAGAACUGAUCAGCGAUGUCGGAGGAGCAGCUCCUGGGCGAAGAGCCGCUGAUGAAGAUGGAGGAGGAGGAGGAGGAUGAAGAGCAGCUCCUGGGGCCCGAUGAAGAAGGCCAGGGACAGGCGGAGGGAUCAAAGAUAGACGCCAGUAAAAACGAGGAAGAUGAGGGGAAAAUGUUCGUUGGAGGCUUGAGUUGGGACACAACAAAGAAAGACCUGAAAGACUACUUCUCUAAGUUUGGAGAGGUGGUGGACUGCACCUUAAAGCUGGAUCCUCUGACGGGACGGUCCAGGGGAUUUGGAUUCGUCCUGUUUAAAGAGGCUGAUAGUGUGGACAAGGUGAUCACACAGAAGGAGCACAAACUGAAUGGAAAAGCCAUCGACCCUAAGAAAGCAAAGGCCAUGAAGUCCAAAGAGCCUGUGAAGAAGAUAUUUGUAGGAGGUCUUUCCCCAGAUACUCCAGAAGAGAAGAUCAGAGAGUACUUUGAUGGCUACGGAGAGGUGGAAUCCAUUGAGCUGCCAAUGGAGAACAAAACAAAUAAAAGACGAGGUUUUUGUUUUAUAACAUUUAAAGAGGAGGAGCCAGUCAAGAAAAUAAUGGAGAAGAAGUACCACAACAUCGGUUUAAGCAAGUGUGAGGUGAAGGUGGCCAUGUCGAAGGAGCAGUACCAGCAGCAGCAGCAGCCGUGGGGGGGCAGAGGAGGGUACGCCGUCAGGGCCCGGGGCAGAGGAGGUCCCAAUCCGAACUGGAACCAGGGAUACGGAAACUACUGGAAUCAAGGUUAUGGAAAUUACGGGAACUAUGGCUACAACAAUCAAGGCUAUGGUGGAUACGGCGACUAUGAUUACUCUGGUUACAACAACUACUACGGAUAUGGUGACUACAGCAAUCAGCAGAGCGGCUACGGAAAAUUCCCGAGGCGAGGCGGCCAUCAAAACACUUACAAGCCGUAUUAACCAGAAACAUGCAGGUAUGCCGACGCAUAGCUCACACGUGCAUCUGUAGUCUCUAAAUCACCAUUUGUAAACUUUUUUUUACUUUUUUGGUAAUGUAUGUUGCUUAAUUUUUGUUUUUCUCUAAAGUUUCACAGCACCCUGAAGUGCUUUACAGUAGUGGUAACAUAGAGACUUUUGGCAGUAAUGUAACAGCUGGCUUUUGGCUGUUUCUUGCCAUUUUUAACUGUAAAAAUUAACAGGUACAGUACUGCUAAAUGGGUACCAGAAAAUAUGGAAUUACAAGGAAAGAAAGCCGAAGAAUGUUGUCUCCUAACUCUGACAUAUACCUUGUUUGUACCUGCCAGCGGGGACUUCCUUGCAGGCCAUGAGCUGACUUCCCGAUUGUCUCAGGCCCGCUCAAUGCGGACAGGGUACGAGAGGCGUACGCUCUCGAAUGCUCCCAUUUGGUAUGGUCUUCCAACAUCCUGUAUACGAAUUGUAAAAUCAAACAACUUCAGCAACAAAAACUUAAAAAGGACACUUCAAGCCUUUAUCCUGUUUUUGAUUUGUGUGCAUUUUUAUACUUUGUCUUUUUUUUAAUUUUAUUUAAAGGUUCCUUUUAAAAUGGGAUUGGUCUUAUGUAAUAAUAUAUUAUAAUGUAAUGGCAUUUUUUCCAGGCACCAUCAAGUAAUGGUAAAAUAUGACACGAGAGCCGGAAAUUAAAAUUAACUGUUCACUUUUUGAAGGAUACGGCUUUCUCUGGACUUUCCAGUGUUAAUAUGCAUUUCUAAUCUAAUCUUACAUGUAAUGCUUUCUUUAUUUGUAGCUCGUAAUAUCCUGUAAUCCUUGAGCUAAAAGCCGGUUUGUACUCGGAUGCCGCUGCGCUGGACAAAUACUUUUUUAUAUUUGUAUUGUGUGAUUUUUUUUUUCUACUGGCAGCGGUGGAAAAAGCUGUGUUAAUUUCAUCUAACAGAUUCUCUUUUUUAACCUUUUGAAAUCUUGGAAAGGUCUUAUUGUUAUGCUUGUAAUGCUCUUCCUUUUUGUCUUUUAAUUUCCAUCGAUUCACGGUUGCACAUUCAAGUGUUUUAAUUGAACACUAUUGAUUGUAUUUGCUAUUAUUCGAUUUCAAAGUCAUGUCUCCUUAUUGAAAUUAUUAAACAAUUGGGAUUCCUUGACAUUUUAUGAGUUUGUGUCCUUCUGAAGCGUAAUUGCGGUUUUCUUUUUUGUUUUUCAGAUGGACAAGCGAAUCUCAAGUCGACCCUGAGAGGAGAAAACAAGAGGACCAGAGGUCGCCAUUUCAUUCACCAGUUCAUUUUAAACCUGAAGUUACUUCGAAAGGACACGCACUAAAGAAUAUUUCAAGUGUUAUUUUGAAACAUAACGUCCAGAAUAUUUGUUUUUGUGUUUAAUUUGGUGUAGCUUGUGUAAGUUUAUUAUCGUAUUCCCUGCUGUGUUGUUGAAUACAAUGAACUAUAGAGAGCCUAAACCAUUUAGAAAUGAUUUGUAUACAGGUCUAUUAAUUUAUUGCUUACAAGAGCGUACAGAGUGUAGGCCAGCUAAUAUUCAUUUCACAUUGCAGUAUUUUGCUACAGAGUCAUGUAAACCAUUGGAAAAUGCAACAAAAUAAAGUGUAUUAACCUUUAGAGAUUAAAGUCAUAGCUCACCCAAAAA